AGGCCACCCGCGUCGGCUCGUGGAGUCUGUCUAAGGACUCGCAUUCCAUUCCAUUUCACUCCCUUUUUUUCUCUGCAGAAAGCGAUUCGAGUCAAGCGAUUCCCAUCAAAACCCUAAUUUUUUUUCUUUCUCUUUCAUCAAUCUCGUCAUCUUCAUCCAGGGGGCGUUAAUUGAAGGCACGAUGUGGGCGAUUGUGAGGCGAAAGGUUGCUUCUGGAAGCUCGGCUGCUUCGGUUUUAGGGCAGUCAUUGAGUAAGAUUCGACCUGCUGCUGCAUCUGUACCGCGAGGAUACACAACCACUGCAAAAGAGGCAAUACUUCUUGGAGGAGGAUCAAAAAUUGUACGGAAUGUUGGUCACUACAAGUAUCUGGGUUCUCUAGUUAGUUCAAAGCCUGUGAGAGAAGUUACAUCAUUUCUUCAAAUAGAUUCUCCAAUCCAAGUGCAGCAUAGGCCAUUUUCUUCAGAUAAAGGUGAUCUGGUGGAUGCUGUUGUGCCUUUUAUGGGUGAAUCUAUUAGCGAUGGCACUUUGGCAAAAUUCUUAAAGAAACCUGGUGACCAUGUAGAAGUUGAUGAGCCAAUUGCCCAAAUUGAGACUGAUAAGGUGACAAUUGAUGUUGCGAGUCCUGAAGCUGGUGUGGUCCAAAAGUUUGUAGCCAAAGAAGGUGAUGUCGUGGAGCCAGGUACCAAGAUAGCUGUGAUUUCAAAGUCUGGUGAAGGUGUAACACAUGUUGCUCCAUCAGAGAAGAUGCCUAGCAAGGCGUCUCCUGAGCCUUCUCCUACGGAAAAGGAGGCAGUGGAUAAGCCAAAGCCUAAAUCAGAAACUCCUCCUCCUAAGGAGAAGCCUAAAGCACCUGCACCACCACCUCCUAGACCUUCAGCUACAGAACCUGUGCUUCCUCCCAAGGAGAGGGAAAGAAGAGUUCCUAUGACAAGAUUAAGGAAACGUGUUGCAACACGUUUGAAAGAUUCUCAAAACACUUUUGCAAUGCUGACCACAUUCAAUGAAGUUGAUAUGACAAACUUAAUGAAGCUCCGUUCUGAUUAUAAAGAUGCUUUUCUUGAGAAGCAUGGAGUGAAGUUGGGGCUGAUGUCUGGAUUUAUUAAAGCUGCUGUUAGUGGGCUCCAGAAUCAGCCCAUCAUCAAUGCUGUUAUUGAUGGGGAUGACAUUAUUUAUAGAGAUUACAUUGAUAUCAGUAUUGCUGUUGGUACACCCAAGGGACUUGUCGUUCCAGUGAUCCGCAAUGCCGACGGAAUGAACUUUGCUGAUGUAGAGAAGGCGAUUAACACUCUUGCAAGGAAGGCAAAUGACGGCACCAUAUCUAUUGAUGAGAUGGCUGGUGGCUCAUUCACAAUAUCCAAUGGUGGUGUCUAUGGAAGCCUGUUGAGUACCCCAAUCAUCAACCCUCCCCAGUCAGCUAUCUUGGGAAUGCACUCGAUAGUGAACCGUCCAAUGGUUGUUGGGGGCAAUGUCGUCUCAAGGCCAAUGAUGUACAUUGCACUAACAUAUGACCACAGGCUGAUUGAUGGAAGAGAGGCAGUUUUCUUCCUGCGCCGUAUCAAAGACGUCGUGGAGGAUCCUCGGAGGCUACUUCUUGACAUAUAAAGACACCAGAAGCAGCAUUCUGAUUUCCUGUUUGUUGGUAUACUCAGUUUAACUGAAGCAGAAUAAACAUUUUAUGCCCUCGAAUUCAAAUUUAUGUAGGGUUACUUAGUUCACCCUAGCAACAAGUUCUUCAAUUGCGGCGCACCAUAAUUUCAGUUUGGUAUGUGAGAAUUUGUUAAAUCUACGCGUUUCCUGUUUCAACUUUCACAGGUUUUUCCCAGUUUGUUUUUGUCUGAAGGUGAGAGGGACCCUGGUUACUGCUGUGUUUACUCUUUCCUUUGCAACAUAAAAAUGUUUAUUGCCCGGCUCAAAAUUAUGGGCUGUAGCCUGUUUUUUAUAUAUUCAUGUCAACUUUAAGCUGUAUUUCGGCUGCCUGCUAUACACUGUUUGAGACCAGGAUAAAUUUUUAUUUUUCACUUUA